AUGGGAAGCACAGUGAGACGGCGUCCCAACUGCUUCAACUUGCUGUUUCAGAUGCGGCUGACGCAGCGCAUGGGCAAGGAAGACACUGCGGGUCUUCAGGCCUGGAAUUCUGCAUCUGAACUAGCCGAAGCCUAUCAGCUGGGCAAAAUGGAGAGUGGUGCAGCAAUGCAGUUACUUAAUGAAGUGGAUGAGGAGGUGGUCGAAUCUCUAUCUUCUCAUGUCAAGAAGUGGUCCAUGGGCAAAUUCCUUACUCAUGAACCGGUUUGCAACGGCAUCUUCAACCGGGACUACACUUCAGGGAUCAAUGCCCUCCUUCCGUGGGAGAAGGACUUGAAAAACUCGCCUGAGUCCUUGGCUCUGAUGUGCCAAAGGAUGGAACUUGACUACUCCCAGACGUUCCUGGCACGUCAUGGCGACGCAGAACUUGAAGUGAUGCUGGAGCAGUCGGUUCAAAGGGAGCAGAACGCAGCUGCUGAAGCGAUUGCGACCAUGUUGGCCACAGCUACUUUGAAAGAUACGGAAUCCAAGAUCGAGGAUGAUCUAGCCCGCAUGAAAGCUUUCAUCCAGGAAGCCACCCUUUUUGCAAAUCAGCAGGGCGGUCUGGACCUUCGCUACAUGACCGAGCGUUAUGAUCGUGGCAAGACUUGGGUGGCAAAGUACAUGGAGAAGCAUCACCGCUGUUGCUCCAACCCGCUGAGCCAAGCGCACGCGGACCUGCUUCACUAUCAGCGGGGCCCAUUGCUGAUAGAUGAGGCAGUGGAGGUAGCGAAGACAGUGAGCAAUGGCGAUUCCAAUGCCAUCCUUUGCCUUCUCGGUGUGGGCACCAUCCACAAGACCUAUGGAUUCCAGAAAUCCAAGGCGACCCUGGGGACAAUAGGGCCCGUGACCCGGGCCCGAGUGAUGGAUUUAUGGAGCGAGGAUGACAAACCAUGUUCGCCGCCAGCUCGAGAAUCUCGGCAAAGCCCAUGA